AAACCUAAGUCGUUAAAAAACAGUUCCAUCGCCAAACGCUCGGCAUCAGGUGUGAAUGUCACGGGUCCUCGGAGAUUACCUGAAGAACGGAUGACCCGUGUCAUAAAGUAGGUGUGGCACGCUAAACAACCAUCACUGCGCAAUGGCCGUAAGCGCCUAAAUUUGAAGCUCUUCACCGGUCUUGGUGACGUCUCCAUAUGAGUGAAAAAUUCUCUCGGAAUCAGUAGUUAACCGUAUAUGCAAAUAGUUUCUAGAUACUAUACUUUUAUAAGAACCAGAAAACCCUUAUGUGUUUCCAUACAUUAUCCUCGAUUUAAGGUGACAAUGUGAGUAAACCAUGGGGAUAACAGUAGAUUUUCAGAAUGACGGAUGCGCUUUACUGACGAUGAGAAAUGGACAAAAUCGAUGGAAUUUGACGACAUUGAAAGAAUUUAAUGAUGCCCUGGACGAAGUUGAGAAGAGCGAGUCUGCUCGUAUUUUGGUGACCACGGGGGAAGGUAGAUUUUACAGUAAUGGAAUUGAUGUGAACUGGCUGAAGACACAAUCGAGAGACACCAGUGCAAAGUACUUCACCGCCCUGUUGGACACCAUGUGGAGAGUCAUACACUUCCCGCUCCCCACAGUGGCCGCCAUUAACGGACACUGUUUUGCUGGUGGAGCUUUCCUUGCACUGUGUCAUGAUUACCGAGUGAUGCGGUCUGAUCGCGGAUGGAUAUCUUGGAAUGAAACGUUGAUUAGCCUUCGUAUUCCAGGGCAGCUCUUUGAAAUUUUAGAACGUAAGUUAAAUAGAGAGGCCUUGCGAGAAUCUGUCAUUUUUGCCAAAAGAAUAACAGGCCCGGAAGCUGUAAAGCUGAGGAUCGUAGAUAAGAUCGAAACGGAGACAAACUUGAUAUCCGGAAGUAAACAGAUAGGAUUUGAAGCUCUGGGGAAAAAUGUGAUUAAAAGAGAUGAUUUGCAUAUGAUGAAGAAAGACAUGAUACCACGAACCAUUGGUGUAUCCAAACUUUGAGGAAUUAAACAUGCCCACAAACUGAGAUAUUUCGAAAAGGUUUUAUCUUAACUACCGCGUAUAUACAAAAGAAAUUAUUUUGUGCCUGUGUGUAAGAUAUUAUACAGAGAUUAGAUAUUUAUAUCUUCCCCAUUAUUGUUUGAACGAACCGAUAUUUUUCACCUUUGUUUUUAAAAAAGUUCUUUUGGGCGCAUUAGUCAUUAAAUUGUACGAAACUUACAUUCUGCUAUGACUUAACUAUAACGACGUUACUUUAUUUUCUAUGUUAUAUUCUGAAAAGCCCGGCAGUGGAAGCUUUAAAUAUUAUAUCAAAUGGUGAACGUUAUCAUUCUCUCUUCAGGUACAUUGUAUACACAAUUAAGACAUACAUGUGACUUAAAGGACACAUCUCAUGUUUUCAAAGUAUACAAUAUUACAUGCAUUUUGUCUUCUUUAUGCUUAUAGUAAUUAAUUCUAAUAGUUCGCCGAAAUUUUGCGAUAAUUAACCACAAUACAGACUUAAAUCUAAGCCCCGAUUUCAAAAAGUCAAAUUAAUUAGGUAGGUAGUCACGUGGUACAGUGACGUCACAUGCGCCCUUCGGAUUGUGAAAGUACUGCGAGAUAUUAUUAAAAACUCAACUUUUAGGGGCCUAAUUUAUUUACCAUGGGCAACAUUUAAAUCGAUGUUGACAAAUUGUCUGAGUUUUAUAUGUGUUCGCCACCAGUGCACACAUAUAACGAUGUAAAUACCCAAAUAUAGCGAGUAAAGCGUGUAUGAAAUCGGCAAUAUUGUGAGUAAAUAAUGUUUAUAUGGGUCGCUGUCUACAAACUGUUAGGGGAUGUUAUUCCUUUAUACAUCUGUAAUUGACGCUGUUUUUCUAAAAUAAACAGUGCAAUCAUUAUUUUUGGAUUAGACAAAUUAUGAUACGUUAAAUUGUUGACAACUAGGCCCUAUGCAAGGCUAUUGUCACGCGUGCAUUUCGGAAAGAAAGAAAAAGACAACACACACAAAUCAAUAAAAAUAUUCAAAUUUAAAGUGGUAAUCACAUUAUUUUAUUUUGAUAAAGCAAUCUUAUUACUAUUUUUGAAUUGUGAUCUGCACGUCUUUAGGAAGUACGAUGUGGGAGCACGGCGUUAUAGCCUACUGACGCACUCAAGAUGCUACGAGUUCAAUAAGGAAAUAAUUUUAUAAUUCAAUUUAAAGUUAGGAAAUACAAUAUUCUAUUAUUUGUAUAAUUAAAAGUUCAAUUAUUUUGUAUCUUUAAUUUUUUUUCUUGUUUGUAAAUCUAACAGUUGGUAGAAGUUACAUUGUAUCGUCGAUAUAUGUUGGUACAAGGUGAAGGUCAGUUGAUCCGAGUGUGUAUUGAAUUUGAAGAGCAAAACAGAAUGUAUAUAGGCCUACCAGUGCUUAUAGCUUCGAUAUAUCCAUUUUCUCGCAGUUUAUCAGGGUCUAUGUCCAAGCGGUGUUUGAAAAGGUGACUGGGUGUGUUUUAUAAGGUAAAGUUCUUGCUCUAACAAAAAAAUUAUCCGUCUUUUAUCUCGUACCUUCCUUCGAAAAAUACUCAGUCUAAAUCCUUUCUACCGACAACUAGUACACCCGAGCACGGCACAAAACAUCUUAAUGCAUUAUUAUUUACAAGCUGUUAACGAGAUAAUUGGUUUUUUGUCGAUUAAAUCUAAUCUGUUUAUGAAAUGGCUAUAAUAGAUGUUUUCAAACCCCGAGAGCGCAUAUGACGUCACAUAAUGGCGCGUAAACUAGCGAACGAAAAUAUGCAUAUCGCAAGAUUUGAAUUUCAUCACUUUUCAACUCGAAAACUACGCAAAAUAUUUAAUUUAAAACACAUUUAAAGUAGUUUUAGGCAUAAAAAGAGUAAUUUUGCUGAAAAAAGUUUAGAAACAUGCGUUGUGUCCUUUAAGCUUACUGUGAACAAAGCGAAUACUGUAGAAUAUAUAAGAGUCACCAAAAAAAUGACAGCUGACCUAAUCGCUCAACAUUGUACAUUUGCGAUUUCAAACAAUUGUCUAUAUAUCUGCAGUUUACAUAAAUGCAGUGUGUAAUUUCGUUGUUACGUGUUAUUGGUUACUGGAAUUCAAGCAAAUUAAAAGAUAAAACCUC